AAUUUGGCUUUUGUGGUCUUUGUGGAUGUGGAAUGGGAAUUGCCGUAUUGCAAAGUUUCUUGUGGAUUGUUUUAUGGUUGGUUUAUUAAAAAGUUAGUAUUACUUAUUAGACAAAAAUGUCUAAAAGAUCUCAGCCUGCUUGGAGUCCACCGGGGUCACAGCAGGAGCGACCUCAACUUAAGUUAUACAACAGUCUUACGAGACAGAAGGAACUAUUUGUAUGCGAGAAUGGAAACCGCAUCAACUGGUACAGCUGUGGGCCGACUGUAUAUGACGCGUCUCAUAUGGGGCACGCAAGGUCAUACAUCUCCUUUGAUAUUCUUCGGAGAGUGCUAUCCAGAUACUUUGGCUAUGACAUCCUCUAUGUUAUGAAUAUUACCGACAUUGAUGAUAAAAUUAUAAAGAGAGCUAGACAAAAUCAUCUAUAUGAAAAUUAUUUGAAAGAACCGAGAGAUCUUAAUGAAACUAUAGAUGAUGCAACUUCAGUACUAGAUUUCUAUGAAAGUAUUGUAAAACAAACAGCUGAUGCUGAUAAGAAAAAUUUAAUGCAGACAAUUUUAAACAAUGUUGCUCUAGCAGUAAAAACUUUGAAAGAGGCAGUUCAAUCUAAAGAUGACGAAAAAAUACUAAAAGCAAAAUGUGACAUGCUGAAAUAUGCCAAGGACCCAUUAUCUGAAUGGUUGGACAACAAACAUGGAGCCUCAGUAACAGACAACGAAAUAUUCACCACUUUGCCUCGGUAUUGGGAAAACGAGUUCCACAAAGAUAUGAAAGCUCUAAAUGUUCUACCCCCAGAUGUGUUGACUAGGGUCAGUGAAUAUGUUCCUCAAAUUGUAAAAUUCAUUCAGAAAAUAAUAGAUAAUGGAUUGGCGUAUGAGUCAAAAGGAUCAGUUUAUUUUAACGUUAGUGAGUUUGAUAGUAAGGAUAAACAUCAUUAUGCUCGUCUAGUGCCUGAAGCAUACGGAGACACUAAGUCAUUGCAAGAAGGAGAAGGUGACCUGAGCGACGAGAAAGCUGAAAAACAAUCUGCUAAUGAUUUUGCUCUCUGGAAGAAGAGUAAGCCUGGUGAGCCAUCUUGGGACUCUCCCUGGGGUGCAGGCAGGCCCGGCUGGCACAUUGAGUGCUCGGCUAUGGCGUCAGAUGUCUUCGGCUCUAAGUUAGAUAUACACACUGGCGGUGUUGAUCUUAAAUUCCCUCACCAUGAUAAUGAAAUUGCUCAAAGUGAGGCACAUUAUGAUCAGCCUGGCUGGGUCAAUUAUUUCCUUCACACGGGACAUUUAACUAUUGCCGGGUGCAAGAUGUCAAAAUCUCUGAAGAAUUUCGUCACAAUCUCGGAUGCUUUGAAGCGUCAUACUUCGAGACAGCUACGGAUAGCAUUCCUGCUGCACGGCUGGAAAGAAACAUUAGAUUACUCUGAUAAUACUAUGGAAAUGGCUAUACAGACUGAGAAGUUAUUUAAUGAGUUUUUCCUGACCGUAAAAGACGCAUUGCGGAGUGGAUACGACGAAGCCAGUGGAGGCAGCUGGGGUCUCGAGGAGCAGCAGUUGUCUGCUAAACUCUCAGCCACCAAGGAACAAGUCCAUGCGGCUCUGUGCGACAACAUCGACACGCGCGGUGCGCUAGACGCGUUGCGCGAGCUAGUAGGUGCGGCGCACGUGUACGUACGGGGCGGGGCGGCGCGCGCGUCACCGCUGCUAGCCGCCGCCGCGCGGUACGUCACUGACGUGCUACAUAUAUUCGGCGCGGUGGAGGGUCCGCGUGGCCUCAUAGGGUUCCCUGUGGGGGAUGCCGGCCUCGAUACGGAGGCAACAGUGAUGCCGUAUUUGGAGGCGCUGGCGACGUUCAGAUCGCGCGUGCGGGAUGCGGCGCGCGGCGCGGGUGGGGCGCGCGACGUGCUCGCGCUAUGCGACGAGCUGCGGGACUCCGUGCUGCCCGAGCUCGGAGUGCGGCUGGAGGACAAGCCAGAUCGUACAGUAGUAAAACUAGUCAGCAAAGAGGAGCUAAUGAAAGAGAGGGAAGAAAAGAAAAGGCAGGAAGCGGAGAAACUGAAGAAGAAGCAGGAACUUUUGGAAGCGCAGCGCGCGAAAGAAGAACAAAAGAAGAUACCACCUAGUGAGAUGUUCAAGAAGGAAACGGAUAAAUAUUCUCAAUUCGAUGAUAAGGGCUUGCCGACACAUGAUCAAGACGGAAAAGAGCUUAGUAAAGGGCUCGUGAAGAAGUUGCAGAAACUACAGCAGGCGCAAGAGAAGAAGUAUAAGGAAUACCUGGCCAGCGUCAACACUUGCUGACCAUAGACAACACUAUAGAAAUUAAAAUACAAAAUAGGGACCCGAUUCUCAAGCGUUGAAUGUCGUUUCGAUUGCAGGCAUAUCACUUUCGUGCUGAAUUCUGUCUCACGGGCGAAACUCAAGGCUUGAGAAUUGAGCGCCUAGUAUAAGAAAAAUUAUACCUUUAUUUAUUCUAUUUUUUAUCUUUCUCAUCGAUUAUGUGUCACAAACUGUUAAGUUUUUCAUCCUAAAUUGUUCUUAAAAUUGCUGUUUAAUGCCGAAAACUUUGGGUAGUUUAACAUAAUAUUUUGUAAUUGUUUAAACUAAAAACAUUUUACUUAUAACACAUAUUAACUUAAAACUUGAGAUGAUUUCAUAUUCGUGCAGUUAAUUCCCAUACAAAGCAUUUAAUGUUUCACUUUAAGGUUUCUUAUUGUAUAUAAAA